AUGGCCGCGGGCGUGCCCCUCACCCCAGGCUAUCCGGCGGCCUACUACUCCCAGCCCCUGCUGGCGCCGCCCGCGGGCUACUCUUUGCCGGCAUACGUCGCCUUCCGGGGCGGCCCCGUGCCAUACCCCAUGAUGUUUACCGGGUACCCCGGCGGCUUCGUGUACUUCCCCGCACCCCACAUCCUUUUUGCCGCGCCGCCCGCGGCGGCGGCGGCGGCGGCGGCGGCGGCGGCGGCGCACAUGCAGCACCAGCAGCCCCAGGCGCCGCAGUCGAAUGGCCGGGUCCCAAACAGCCGCAGGCACAACCUCAAAAACUGCUAA